AUGCGCUCGAAUGCCAAAGUGAAUGUAACAGUUUGCGCGCGCUGAACGGCAGAAAAUGUGCUCUGCUUGUAUUUUGACUAUAAAACAGUCCAGUGCAGCGAUUGCUUGAUUAUUCGCGAGCACGGAGCGUGAGGCACCAACAACCAUGGAGCUGGAUCCCGAUUGGAGCGAGGAAUUAAUGAUUCUGGAGUCGAGCGUCGACGCGUCCCGAGCAAACCAGGAUAUCGCAAUGCUGGAAAAGUUGUUUCGCCGGGAGAAAGAGCUACUUCAGUGCGUGGAGCGAUUCACAGAUAAAUUGUACUCGGAGGCGCUCUCGCCUACAGAAAAUUACGCGUCGCUGGAAGUCGUCGGCGAGCGGAAUUUGUCGAACGCCGACAGCGAGCCGUUCACGCUGAACGAAUUGAACGCUGAGCAGGCGGACGCAAAAUCGGCUCACGGCUUCGCAGACUAUUCCGAUGGCAGUCCGGACGAAGCUUUGUCCUUGGCUUUCUUUCAAGAAAGCGCGAAAGACGAAGGCGCCUAUUUGCAGCUCGACGAUCGCGAUUACGUCGAUUUGCUUCUAGAAAAUGAAGGUGUAAUAUUGAUUGACAGUCAGUUAUCAGUCGAUGGCGGUAUAAUCGAUUGCAAUGAUGAACUUGACGGCGAUGCCACUGUCGAAUAUCAAGUGGAUGCAAUUCUCGCGGAGUAUUUAGCGGCUGCCGAUUUCUCUACAGACGCGACCGACGAUCCAAAAAUUAGAUCUCAAGCCAGAGUUCUCUUGGAAAGGCUUCCCGAGCCGGUGGCAAAAGCCAACGAUACCGCUGAAGCGAGCACUGCUCCGAAAAUCGAAUUGAAGGGUCGAAAGAUUUCGCCUCGGCGUUACUGCCACAAGUGCCAAAAAUUCGACGUCGACGAAUCGAAAAUAUCCGUCCCCAAACGUUGUCGCGACUGCGGCAACUUGCUCAUAUAUCGGUGCACGAAGUGCAAGGAAAAAUAUUACAUCUACUACACUUCGUUAUUUUCCCACAGUAAAACUUGCAAAUCGAAGAAGGCGUCGACCGGCGUGCCAACGUCUUUGGUAUUGUACGGCUGUCAGGACUGUUAUUUCAAAUCGCUGCACGUUGAUUCGAUCGUCAAGCACCUGAGAAAAACACGGCACAAGUUCAGGGCCGCGGACGGCGACUCGUCGGUGGAGCCGAGGGAUCGAGCCAAAUACACGAAGCGAUUCGUGGAAGAUUGCGCGCAGGCGUUCAAACGUUUCUGCGCGAAGUGCAGCGAGGUCGUCGCGAGCGACGGGGACGACGCCGGGGACGACGAGCGAACCUGCGACAAAUGCGAUGCUCGCCUGGCUUAUCGUUGCGUCAAGUGCGGCCGUACGAGUCGAGGCUACAAAAGCCUCGUGUACCACUUGGAGACGAACUGCUUAACGAAGACGUACGCCUGUCGCGACUGCGACUUCGUCACCGCCAGGUGGAAGUUCAUCCGACGACACCUCGCAAAGCAACGUCUCAACGUCAGUUGCCACUACCGCGACACACCGACUCGCGUCAACAAUACUCGGGCCCGAAGCUCGGCUAGACGCAACGCCGCUCAGAGCUUGCAAUGCCAAUUCUGCGACUGGUACACCACUAACGUCGCUGCUCGACUCGAUAAGCACAUUUUGCGCAACCAUUCCGAAAAUAAUGACUCGGCCAAGACACUUCAAUGCGCAAUCUGUAGGCGGUACUCCACCAAAAACAGACACGAUUUUUGGAAACACAUUGAACGGAGGCAUCGCGAAAAAUGAAUUUCGUUAGCUGACAAUAAUUAUUGGUCGCGUUUCAGUUCUGCUUGUUGUCUCAAACUGUCGUUCAUUACAUUUUUCGUUUAUUAUAUUUUCGUGUUACGUUAGGUUGUAUUGUAUCAAUGAACAUUGGACCAUUUUUCGUUGAAUUAAUGUUGAUAUAGUAGAAAAUUUUCUAUGUAGUUUCAAUUAAAUAACAUUUUUUUACUGAUUAUAUUGCUAUCAAUCAAUGUAUAUCUAUACUCUUAGAAAGUAUCGAAUGGUUCAUCAUAAAUAAUCAAUUUCAGAUACAUUACAAUCGUGCGAUUUAGUUAUUGUUAUUGCGCAGAAGAAAAAGGACACUCAAGCAUCAGGUAUUGAAAAGUAAAUAAUCUGCUACUGUUUAAAAUAAAUCAUUUAUUUAAAAAUAUAUUAUUUAAAAUAAAUAAUUUUUUUUUUCAAGUCUCACUUCUGUAUGUCACGUCUUCAUAAAUGUAAUCUAUAAUUUUGUUACUCUCUUUAAUU